AAAACCCUGUCAAGGAAGGUUUUCUCGUCUGCCUACUUUAUCCGAUUUUCACACGUUUUACAGUUUGUUCUGCGUUAAAUAUCGUCAAAUAUCGUUCGGAAUCAUUGUGAAAGUGUCCGGGUAAGAUAUUUGCAGUAAGGGGUUGUUUUAUUUCGGAUUGCGACUGAACUAAAAAUAGCUAUUCGCCGAUAUUCUUAUAGGGAAAUCGAGUGAGGAUCCCAUUCAUAAAGUACAUUCAUUUGGGCAGUGACGACAAGCCGGAGGGGUAGAUUUCGCGAAGUAUCAGUGAAUGGACUUUUAAUAUUCGUGAACGUUAUAAAAUUAUAUUUCGAGGACUUUUAUCAUCUUCGCAUCGGACAAUACAUAUUUGUGAAAAAUGGCGACGGAAGGCGGUCUUGCUCCCAGCAGCGAUGACAUGCCGGUGGGCGGACCGAAGACGCCGCAGCAGAUCGCAGCCCAGCGCCGCCUGCAGCAGACGCAGGCGCAGGUCGAUGAGGUGGUCGAUAUAAUGAAAACAAAUGUGGAGAAGGUGCUGGAGAGAGAUCAGAAGCUUUCAGAGCUUGAUGAUAGAGCAGACGCUUUGCAACAGGGAGCUUCACAGUUCGAACAGCAGGCUGGGAAGUUGAAGAGCAAAUUUUGGUUGCAAAACUUAAAGAUGAUGAUAAUCGCGGCUGUCAUUGGAAUUAUAAUUUUGGCUCUAAUCAUUGGUCUGUAAACAUCAUACGAGAUAAAACCGAGGUCACCCCUAACUACAGCAACGCUUCGGUUCCGGCAACAACCGUAAUAGAUAAAUAAUUUAAAGUUCUUUAAUAGAAAUUAGUGUUGUUAAAUGUUUUCGUAAUUAUAUACCUACUAAAUGAAAUCUAUGAUAUCAAAAUAUUCAGAAUAAAUUAAAUGUGAAUUUCAUUAUAGUAUGUCUUUAUAUUUGUAAAUUUUUGAAAUCACUUAUCUUACCGACUCUAUCACUAUUUUGCCAUAUAUGUUAUGUAUGUGUAAUAGAAUAUUUUUAGAAGAACUUUCUAUAAUAAAGGUUUACUCUUGAAUAUAGCGAGCGGCUGAAUUAGCUAUCUGCUAUGACCCUUCGGAUAAGGCUUAUCGGAAAUAUACCAUAUCUAGAUAUUUUCUAAUUGUGUUCACAAACAAUGAGUAUAUUUUUUAUUGAUUUUGCUUUUGUAUUCCUGGACCAAAUUUUUUAACUGUUACCCUAUCAUGUCUUGUUGCAUUUUGUUUUUACUGUUUUGUAAAAAUCUAUAAUGUUAUUUUUGAACAAUUUUUAUUUUUAGAUCCAGUAGCAAAAUCGUAAGCAAUUGUAUAUUUAAUAGAUUUCAUGACAUUAACGAACGCUCCUAACCGUAUGUAACGAGCAAUCGAGCACUUUGAGCCGUUUUGUAAUGUUUUAGAAAUUUAUAGCCGUUUCAUAUAUGAUAUAUUUAACCACUUUUAAUGUCUAUUUGAAACGAAAUUUUAUACCUUAUAAAAUUGUUAUUUAUUGCAUUAACUUGUAAUAAGUGUGUGUUAUCACGUUUUAUGAUUAUAGGCCAGUUUAUAAUUGUAUCUCUAAUAAACUGAGCUGUUUCUUUUGCGUGUAUAUGUAGGUCUAAAAGCUUCAUAGUUAGAAUUGAUACCUAUACAAAUCGCUCUACGCAGAAACCUUAAGUUUUUAAUGAAAUAAUCAACUGUAUAUAAAACCUUAUUCUGGAUUUAAAAUGCGAAAAGUUUAUAACAUCUACAGAUAAAUAUGUUAUUCAAAAACAAACAAAUAUUGAAAAGCAUUGUUGUGGAAAGUCUAUUAGGAGUGUUUGAUCAUUGAAUUCUAGAUUAGAUUAGAAAUAAUGAUUAACGUAACUUUAAAAUAUUAUAUUAUAUAACCCUUAUUUUAUAAACUUAUUAAGUACUUAUACAAAAAUAUAAUAUUUUGAUAAGUAUGAUUAUUUGUAUUUUAUGUUUCUGAUAAAGAAAAGAAAAUGAAAUAUAGGUAUGAACCGUGUAUUUUUUAUGUUUUUAAUUACAAAGAAAAAAUUUAAGUAUCAGCAGUUAUUGAUAAGUUUAUAAAAUAAGGAUGAUAACCAUCACUGUAAGGUAAUUACAAAUACACCAGUCUCCAACGAGAUUAAUUAGUAUAAUGUCUAAUAAAGAUGAGAAAUGUUAAAAUAAGAGUCCGGGUUUUAACAAUUUUUAUCUUUAUUUUAGGAUUAUAAUUACGUAACUUUCAUGAGUUAUGUCGAUAAUAAUAUAAUGUUUUAAUUAAUUUAAAUUUAGAGUUUUAGAACGUUGAAAUUGACUUAAAGUCGUUCAUUUCACUUUGAUAUUAACUACCUACAUAUAAUUUUAUUUUAAAUUAUAAUUUGAUGUGUAGCUAAAUCAGCAUUGAAGUAUAUUAUUACAAAAAAGGCUUAUUAACGUUGUAUUAUGAAUUUUAUAAAUUAUAUACAUUUUAAUCAAUUUAUUUUAGUGUCAUAAUAAAUAUAUAAUACUACCUAUAUGUAAAUUUGUUGAAAUGAUUUUAUUUACAAUAGAUCAAAACGGUAGGUAUUUACUAAUUAUUGAAUGGUUUAUUUAGGAUAAUAAUGUUCUAUUUAGUUGUAUCAUAAUUAACGAGUAAUGAGACUACAAACUUAUUUAUGAAAUUAUAAAAACACGGAAACAUUUAAAUUACGUAUUUUAUGAAACUAUACGUAGAGUAUGGUUCGUAACUAUAUGUCUAAUAUUAAUUUGAUAAUUUUACCUACGUUACAAUAAUAGGCAUUCCUUUAAACAAAUCUUGUGAAAACAACUGUAAAUAACAAAGUAUCUAAAACCAAUAAAACGUAUGUAAAAUUAUUCUCAACAAUAUUCGCAUAGACCAUAAUAAUUAAAUUACAUAAUCAAUAUAACCUUAUCAUGGAAAUACCUAUAGUAAACUAUAUGUAUAGUAUUAUUUGAUGUAAUUAUUGCUUCAAUAAAAAAGCGAAUUUAAA